CAGAUGAAUACUUAGGGGCGCCAUCUAGUUUUGCCACGUUUUAUAUUUUGACGGCAGAAUGAUGGAAGAAAGUGAUCAAGAUGUUCAGCAAAUCGCAAGCCAAUUAGAGGAGGCAGCUUUAACAAAUGUUACUGAAGCACAUUCGUCAGGUGGAUUAGCUCCACCAGUUCCUUUACCUAACUUAUCAACCGCCACUUCUCCAAUCGUCCCUUCGGCGGCAAUGACACAAAUGCCUCCUAUACCGCAAAUGACGCCUGAAUUAAGGCCGACCGUUACUCCAGCUUCUAUGCAACAGCCUAAUUCUACAACCCCAACAAGAGUAACGAAUACGAAGGAUAUCACUCCUCCACCUCCUGUUUCAGGAUUUGUACCAACUUCCAAAACUAUAGCCGCUAGUUUACCAACUUCUGGAGUGUAUUCUCAAAAUUCUCCAGCCCCUGCUCCCCCAACGUUUGUACCAGAAACUCAAGCAGCAGGACCACAAACCUCGUUAGGAUCGUCGUAUGGACAAAAUGUCGAUGUUACAGCACAACAAAUUCCUGUGGGUGGUGCACCAGCACAAUUCUCUCCACCUCCUAUGCAAUCACCUUAUCAAGCAAGCCAAGCGAUCGACUUUACAGCUGUUCCUGAUAACAAUGCCCGCGAAUCUCUUCAGAGUGAUAGCUUCCUUGGAGGCUGGUUUUCUGGAAAUUUUAUGACCAAAGUUGUAGAGAAAGCUAAGCACGCAUCCGAGACUGUAAUAACAACACUAGACCCAGGAAUGAAGCAAGUCUUAAGUAGCUCAGGCUAUGAAAUAAGUCUGUUGGUAUCCUCUUCGGAUGGGAGAUUGGUCGAAGCGAUCAGGCAAGGGUUUCAAAGUGAAUUUCAAACAAUGGCAAAAGGCUAUGGCACCUUCUCUAUAUCAGCUGUCCAAAUAAUUGGACAAUCGGCGGCUUUAAAAUCUAUAGAACAGAAGAUUGAUGGUCUAAGGAAAUCGAAUAGUUCUUGUCAAUUAUUUGUAGCUUUUGAUAGCUUUCUAGCUGAGCAAUUACCUGAUCAGUGGUUUGAUUUAGGCGUUCUACAUUUAAGAGACGACGCAAGGAACAUCAAUCUUACUACUUUCACUCCAGCUUUUCCGGUUGGAACUGAAGAUGUGCUGCGUGCACAAGACAUGACUCCAGCUACGUACGAUUUAAGAUGGUCCGGCUUAGCUAUAAGUAUAGAGGAAAUUAUGAGAAUGAGAGGCCCGGUCUCUGCCGAUUGGCGAAAAGAUUUAUUUGGUUCUGGUAUAUAUGAGACUGUAGCCAAUGCUGCAAAGAGUUUAGCUUUUAUGUAUAAGAAGAGAAUUUGUAUUCAAUAAGUUUGUCGGUCAUGAAUAAUUUUAGAAUUUACUGAUACAGAGAUAAAUUGUCUGUAUUGUUCUUUAAAUGAAAAACUUUCCAAUUAAUAUUCAAAUGUCUAAAGGUUUAUCUCUAACAUUUUUGUAAAGUCUAUUUAAUUUCUCUAUAAACAAACCUAUAUGUUUA